AACAAACACAGUGAUCACAGGUCCACACAGAGCGGUUAAGACUCAGGCAACACAUACGGCAUUAACCAUUCAAGCCAUAACCUAUGGUUUUAAAAGCACAUUAAAUCACUGGUCAAAGAUGAAACUGGAGGAGAAAAGACGUAUGAGUCACUCGGGGAUGCUGGCCCACAUCUCUCUCCUGUUCCUGAUGAAGUUUGCAUUCGCCCUCUCCACUGAUGUGAUUGUCCCUGAAGGAUGUGGCCUUAUCCUCAACUGUGUUGAUGCCAACAAUGACAUGGCCACUUUCAAAUGGACCUUUAGGUCCAGGGCUUCAGUGUCAGAAUCUCAAGUAGGAACAAAACCAGCAUUCGAAAAGCAAAAUAUCCAGAUAUCUGAUGAGGGGGAGUAUGAGUGUGUAACUGAAAAUAAAGACAUUGAUAAUCGUCGAGUAAGAAUGAGCAGAGCUUACAACGUGAGCGUGGAUACCAAAAUCAACAUCAAAGCGUGGGGAGUCAUUACAGUGACUGAAGGAAAAGUUGCGAACCUCCCCUGCUCACCUCCCUUGAGUGCAACCUUGACAAAAAAGGAUGUCUGGGCCAGGGACACAAAAGAGAGAGCUCUGGAGCCUCUACAGCCUUUGACUCAAGAUAAGAAUGAUGAUGAGCCAUCGCACGGAGUAUAUUGGGCCAGACCCAAUGAAGAUUUGUCUAUAAACAUAUUUGACACCAAAAUGCAAGACAGUGGCAUGUACCACUGCCAGUUCGAAGGUGGAAAGUAUAUGGUGGAACUGAUAGUCGAAGCUCCACCACUUCCUCGCUGCUUUGGCCACACUGGUGCAUGGGAACAGUGUGAGGAUGACAAAAGUCGAACAGCAGCAGCCGUGAUGAGUGAAUCUCUGACUGACUUCGCCACCAAGCUCUACUCCCAUCUCCGUAGAGCUAUUCCCAAAGAGAACAUACUGUAUUCACCUGUCAGCAUUGCUGGAGUGCUCUCUCAUCUGCUAUUGGGUGCUCGUAAUGAGACAAGGACACUGAUGGAGGAUGCCCUGUGUCUCCCUCGAGGUUUCUCAUGUUCACACAAGGCCAUGAAAGUUCUGAGGGAGGAAACCCAGGGGUCUUUGGAUAUGGCCUCCCAUAUCUUCUACAGUGCAGAGCAAAAUUUGAGUGAGGCUUUCAUCAACCAGUCCAUGGAGUUCUAUGAGGCUGCACCAACAACACUAAGUGACGAUGUUGAAAAAAAUCUUGACAUGAUCAACAGCUGGGUGGCACAGAAGACAAGAAAUAAAAUCCCCAAAUUACUCGACUCAGUAGAUCCCUUAGAUCAGCUGAUCUUAAUCAAUGCGGUAUACUUUGUUGGAAAAUGGAAGUUGAAGUUUGACGGAAACAGUCGUCCUGCCAGUUUCACCACAUUAGACGGAGACAUGGUCACUGUCCCAACUCUUUAUGGAGCCAAGUAUAAACUUUCUAUGCAGUUCUUCAGUAGCCUCAAUGCCCAGGUGGCAGCAUUUCCUCUCACUGGCAAAAACCGUCUCUUCAUCCUGCUGCCGCUCACCACCUCCCUAAAGGCCCUGCAGGCUGUGGAGGAGAGGCUGACGGACACAGAGUUGACAAAAAUGGCCAAGGACAUGAGCAAGGUCACCCCGCUUACUGCAGAGGUCACCCUGCCGAAACUCAAACUGGACAUUGAGACAGACAUGAAUAGACUCAUUGGGGACAUAGGACUCGGAGGGCUCUCCACUGACCCCAACUUGUGCGGGCUCUUCCCCGAGCAGGCAGACUUACCCGUGGCUCUCUCAGAUGCCCACCACCGGGCCUCACUGACACUGUCCGAGAUCGGCGUGGAGGCAGCAGCAGCCACCUCCCUCUCCUUCGCCCGCUCCUUUCCCUCCUUCUCUGCCAUGCAGCCCUUCAUCUUGGUGCUGUGGAGCGACCAGGCCAACUGCCCCCUCUUCAUGGGCAGGGUGACUCGCCCAUAGACUUGGCGAGAAAUUAAGGGGUCCCCAACCUUUAUGGGUGUGAGGGCUACCGAGGGCUACUGAGGGCUACCAUUGUUCAAAAUCCUCUACUGAUGUCUUGGCAUCAUUCUGAAAUCACACUAUUAUUGAAUGAUACUUUGCUUAUAGGUUAUAAAGAAUAAAUAAUUUCAUAUUUAAAUUAAGAAAAGCAUUAACUGUGACUAAAAUCUGGUAGUCAUCACUGUCUAUUAACAUCCUUGGUGGGCACCUCAGAAGCUCCUAGAGGGCUACCUGGCACCCGCGGGCACCACAUUGGUGACACCUGAAUAAGGGGUUUUAAGUGAUAAAGGGAGGUGGACAGAUCCUUGACUUCGAAGGAGGGAUACAGAGACGAAGUGAAGAGAAAGGAGAAUAUUUGUGAAAAGCAAGCAGAAUUAUGCAGAGUUGUGUUGACCAAUAGUCAAUUGUCAUUCAUUACACACAUAAGAUGUAGUCAUGUAAAUUUCACCAUGUGUUAUUUUCUUCACUUGUAACAUGAAAUAAAUACAUGGAUUCUAUACAUUAAAUUCUAGCGAUAUGA